AUGGACCCUAGCCGCGUCGCGUCCCUCGGUGCCAAGAAGCAUUGGCGCUGGGCUGGCCUAGAUUUCGGCGCAUCGGACGCGCCUCCACCAGCCUUCAUCGCGCUCGCGCUCGCCCGCGUCGCCGCCCUCCUCGCAUUGCACCAUCCACGGUGGCGACAGCGCGGUGGAUGGGUUCUCGCGCUUACGGGCGGCACGCUCAUUGCGUGUGUGUGGGAGGUGUGCGCCGGUGUGCUGAGCCGUGAUGGGCAGAGGCGGGAAGUGGAGGGCUUGUUCUUGAUUGUGACCGCCUCGUUCGCCAUCUCCGAGUUCCUACUGUUCCUCCUCCUCCUGCGCCUCUCCCCAAUUCGGACAUACACGCUACGCCCGCCGCCCGGCCGCACCCCCUCCCUUCCCCUCACGCCGCACGUCACGCCUCUGCCAACACAACGGCGCGGCGCGCGCGAUCGCCCGCCCCUCGCUCCGCUCUUCACGACGCCCAUCCCUUCGCCGCCGCGCGCUGCGGAUGCUGUCUCGCCCAUCGAGGGCAUGGGGCAGAGCUAUGGCGCCAUGUCGAUCGCGACGAGCAUCACGUCCUUCGGGCCCGCGACGGUGCGCUCGCCGCGGUGGGAUGGUGGCGAAUUGCGCAGCCCCGCGCCCUGGGAGACGGACGAGGAGGGAUACCGCACCAACGCAGACUACUAUGACGUCGAGGCUGGCGAGACGGGGUACGAGACCGACGGCUCGGACAGCACAUCCACGGUCUCGGACAGCAGCAUCAUUGACCUUCCGCCGCCGCGUCCGCUGCAUCCCGUCACGCUGGACUCGGGGCUGGCGGAGCUCGCGGGCGCAGUCGAGGCAGCGGCUGGCGUGGUGCGACGCAGUGCAAGUGCGCGCUUCGGGCGCAGCAUCGAAACGAGUGAGGGGUACGGGACGUUUUCUCGAUAGUAGUUGUUCACGCUUGUCAUGAUGUCUCACAUUUCCAUACAAAAUGUUACACCUGU